UUGUUUCAGAUUCGUGAACUUCUUUUGAGGUAAACAAAAUGAAUUCAGACUUCUUAAUCCAACAUGCCAAACUGAUGGUUUGGAUCUUCUUAUUGUUUGGCCAUCUGCAACUGGUCAGCUGUUGUGGCCCAGGAGAAUAUUUAAUCCAUGGACAGUGCUGCCCGAUGUGUCCAGUGGGAAGUCGAGUGUCAAAACAUUGCACAGCAAUGACCAACACUGGAUGCAGAGUUUGCACGCAAGGUGAAUACAUCGACCAUCCCAAUGGGCUGGAAAAAUGCCUCAAGUGUGAAAGUUGUGAUUCAGGAAUGGGACUUUUAGAUUCACAGCAAUGCACCUACUUUCAAAAUACGAUUUGUCAUUGCAAAGAGGGUUAUUUCUGUGUGGAGAGGAAAGGGAAUGGAUGUGAGAUGUGCAGAAAGUACAGCCUGGGUCCUGUAGGUGAAGGAGUUAAGAAGAAAGGAACAAUCUGGGAAGACGCGGAGUAUGAAAAGUGUCCUCAUGGAACAUAUUCAGACAAUGUUUCUACUGAAGAGUGUAAGCCAUGGACUAAAUGUAAAGAAUUGAACAAACGUGAGGUUAGACCAGGAAACCCUUCCAUGGAUGCAGAGUGUAAAGAGAAGAUGAACAUAGCAUUUAUAGUAUUGUCUAUUGUAAUACCUGUAGUGAUUGUAGUGAUUGGUGGUGUCCUUGGAAUUUUGUGGUGGAAGAGACGAGCUCUGAGAAAGUGUACAGUGCCGUCCCGGGUCGUGGAGACAAGGAUAAGAGAGAUGGGGCCGUCCCGGGUUGUAGAGACAAGGAUACAGGAGAUGGAGCCGUUCCGGGCUGCGGCGACAAGGGUAUGGAAAUGGAAGACAGAGAGCUGGAAACACUAAGACUGAGGAUAUCAGAUGGAAGAUUGAAAGCUGU